ACUUCUUGUGUGUGAUCGCAUCUCCUUCCUGAGCGCUGCUCUUGAAUUCGCUAAAAUAAUAAACAAGGCAUGAAGUGGGUUGGAUACCUCGUCACCCUUUUUGUUUCUUCGCUGGGGCGUGGAGAUGAAACACCCACUCCACUUGUGAUGUGGCAUGGGUUAAGAGAUACCUGCUGCUCCGACCACAUGGUAGCUCUGAAGACUUUCAUUGAACUUUACAAACCUGGCAUUUACAUUCGAAGUAUUAUGAUUGGCAAGGAUAUUGAAACUGACAGGGAGUCUAGCUUCUAUGGAAACUUGAAUGGUCAGGUUGACGAAGUUUGCCAGAAGUUAGCGAUGGAUCCCAAGCUUCAGAACGGAUACAACGCUAUGGGUUUCUCCCAGGGAGGACUGUUUUUCCGUGCAGUGGCUCAGCGAUGUCCCUAUCCUUCAAUGAUGAAUUUGAUAACCAUUGGCAGUCCUCAUCAGGGUGUCUACGGCUGCGGUUCGACUUGUAAAUACCUCUUUGAAUGGUGGUUUCGUCAUUUAGUGUAUUAUUCCCAUGUUCAACAGAUGUAUGUGGUGGCACAAUAUUGGCACGACCCACUCGAUGAAGAAAAAUAUCGUGAGAGUUCUAUCUUCUUGGCAGAUAUUAAUAAUGAGAAGGAGAUAAAUGAAACCUACAAGAACAAUCUGAAGAAGCUGCAAAACUUCGUGAUGGUGAAAUUCCUCAAUGACACGACGGUAUAUCCGACCGAGAGUCAGUGGUUCGGUUUUUACGCUCAGGGUCAAGAUGAAGUGGAGCUGCCGCUUCGAGAAUCUCGCCUUUACCAAGAGGAUCGCCUUGGCCUGAAAGAGAUGGACGAAGCAGGGAAACUCCACUUUCUCUCCGUUGAUGCCGACCAUUUGCGGUUUGGUGUGGAAUGGUUUUUCCAAGAAAUAGUUAAUAAAUUUGUUGUAUGAAGGGAGGUGUAAUAAAAAAAAGGUAAGGUAAAGCCACUGCUACCGCAAACUCACAAUCAUCUGCUAUGCUCUGAAAGGCAGAAUCAACGGGAACCAUUUUUCUGGAGUGAAUGGUAAAAGAUAUCUUUUCUGACCAAUUUGGUGAACAAUAUUUAUCUCAGUGUCAUUUCCAUCUCUUUAUCGUCAGAAUUUGUUCUCCUGCGCAUGGUAGCUACAUAUGUUAGUUGAUCCCUACUUUACUGCGUAAAUUGAGAAUAUAUCUUAAGUUCCAAGUCAUAAACCUGUAUAAUUGUGAGAAUAAAAAUUGGUUAAGUC